CCCUCCCACAUUACUUCUAGCAAAUAUCUCAGUUCUUUUUCUGUGGAAGCAGCAAAGAAGCAGUAUGCCCAGCACAUCACUUCUCGUUGGUGGGUUCUGAACUACGAAGAUGAGACUGCUUCUUUUAUUCUCCGUCAUCUGCUUUAUGGCCACUGUCAGCUUCAGUCAGCCUCCUGGUCCUCCAGGUCAAAAAGGUGAAAAAGGAGAUCCCGGAUAUCCUGGGUUUCCUGGGAUGAUAGGACCACCUGGACGAGAUGGUGUUCCUGGAUUACCGGGGAUUCAAGGGGACCGAGGAUUUCCUGGGUUACCUGGAUAUCCUGGCGUUCGUGGAACAUGCUCUGCUACUGAGACGAGCUGCCCAGACCUCAGAGCUUUGAAGGACAGACUUGCCAAGCUAGAGCUCGCCAUUAACUAUCAUUUUGUCCGGAGAGUUGGUCAGAAAUACUUUGUGUCCAACAAGGAGAGAGGCUCUUUCUCCAGGGCUGUCGAAUUCUGCUCCCAACAACACAUAGAGUUGGCUCUGCCCCAGAACGAGGAGGAGAACAACGCACUGACUCAAGUGUUUGGCGAUGUUUACAAGGCAGCUUGGAUCAGUGUCAACAACAAAAAGGCAGAGGGAAAUUUUGAGGUGGAUAUGAAAAACCAACGUCUGACAUUUACCAAGUGGGGAGAAGGUCAGCCAGACAAAUCCAUCCAAGAUACAGGCUGCACCAUGCUGUCAGAAAACGGCAUCUGGCAAGUUACACCAGAAUGUUCCAUGAACGCUUACAUCAUUUGUCAGUUAUAGAAAAAUCCCGGUUCCUUGCGAAUCUUGCUUUUGGCAAUUUCCCCCCACUAUCAUGUUUAUCUCAACAUUUUUAUUGCAUUUUUAUUUCUUAUAUUACAUGUAGAGAAAUGUUCUCAUUUACCCCAAUGGAAGAAAAAAUCUAAGCUUGCAGUUGUUUAUGAAUUAUGGGUAAAGCAUCGGGGCUGCAUUUUGUAGAAGAAAGAAAACUUUGUAGUAUUAAAAAUGAGACCAACGAUUCUCAGUUGACCAACUGAAGUGAAACUCCCAAUGGCAAUGAAUUCAUGAAUGCAUUGUAAUAGGAAUAACUAUUAUCUCACAGACCUAAGUUUAAGUCAGUUAUUCUGAUGCUUGACUGAUGUAUUGUCAAUAAAUCAUUUAAGCUAACUCUUCAUGGUUUCAAAUAAAUGCUUUUGCAUCACUA